UGCUGCGGCCGCUGCGCUGCUCCGGCUCGUCCCGCUCGUGGCUGCGGUCCCGGGCAUGGAGCAGAGCCCGGGCCGGGCCCCGGAGCGCAGCGAGGUCCCGCGGGACGGAGAGCAGGACGAGGCGGCGGCGGGGGCUCGGCCCGGGCUGUGGCCCGAAGGAGCGGCCGAGCCCCCGGACGGGCCCGCGGAGCUGAGCGCGGAACAGCCCGGGGACAGCGAGAGCCCGGGGACAGCGAGCAACGAGCGGCGGGACCCCGGCGGGGACAGCGAGAGCCCGGGGACAGCGAGCAACGAGCGGCGGGACCCCGGCGGGGACAGCGCGGGGGGCGAGCGGGCGAUGGACGGGACAGAGCCCGGGGGAGAGGCGGUGGCACCCGCGGGGACGGAGCCUGAAGGGGCAGAACCGGCAGAAACGGAGCCUGAAGGGGCAGAACCGGCGGGGACGGAGCCCGAAGGGGCAGCACCAGGGGGGACGGAGCCCGAAGGGGCAGAACCGGCGGGGACGGAGCCUGAAGGGGCAGCAGCGGCGGGGACGGAGCCCGAAGGGGCAGAACCGGCAGGAACGGAGCCUGAAGGGGCAGCAGCGGCGGGGACGGAGCCCGAAGGGGCAGCACCAGAGGGGACGGAGCCCGAAGGGGCAGAACCGGCGGGGAUGGAGCCUGAAGGGGCAGCAGCGGCGGGGACGGAGCCCGAGGACGCGGCUGUGAGCCCGGCGGGGACCGCAGUGACAGAGCCCGAGGACGCCGCCGUGGCCCCGGCGGGGACGGAGCCCGCGGGCUCAGUGGCUGCUCCGACGGCGACGGAGCCCGAAGAAGCAGCCCCGGCUGGAGCAGAGCCCGGGGAAGCAGAGGUGACAGAGCCAGUGAGGACAGAGCCCGGGGAAGCAGAGAUGACAGCCCCGGCGGGGACACAGCCCGGAGAAGCAGAGGUGACAGCCCCGAUGGGGACACAGCCCGGGGAAGCAGAGGUGACAGCCCCGGCGGGGACACAGCCCGGGGAAGCAGAGGUGACAGCCCCGGCGGGGACACAGCCCGGGGACAUGGUGGUGGCCCCGGCGAGGACGGAGCCUCCUGUGAGAGAGGCGGUGAGGGAGGAAACCCCGAUGGAAAAAGAGCCCCAGGAGGCAGCGACAGCUGUCCCGGCAGAACCAGAGCCUGAGGAGGCUGCGGCGACAGCCCCGAUGGGGACAGAGCCCGGGGAAGCAGAGUUGGCAGAGGCCGGGGAAGCAGAGGGGACAGAGCCAGUGGUGACAGAGCCCGGGGAAGCAGAGGUGACAAAACCAGGGGGGACAGAGCCCGGGGAAGCAGAGGUGACAGAACCAGGGGGGACAGAGCCCGGGGAAGCAGAGGGGACAGAGCCAGUGGUGACAGAGCCCGGGGAAGCAGAGGUGACAAAGCCAGGGGGGACAGAGCCCGGAGAGGCGCUAGGACAGGCGGUCCCAGCGGGAGGAGAGCCCGAGGUGGCUGUCGCGACAGCCCCGUCCGAGGAAGCUCUGAGGGAGGAAACCCGGUCGGGGACAGAGCCCGAGGAGGCUGCAGUGACAGCGACAGUGACAGCUCCAGCGGGGACAGUCCCCGAGGAUGCGGAGCAGGAGGCAGCCCCGGCUGGGACAGUCCCUGAGGAGGGGGCGGCCCCGGUGGGGACAGUCCCCCAGGAGGCACUGGGGACAGACCCCGAGGGUGCUGGGCAGGAGGCAGCCCCGGAUGCUGUGACAGUCCCCGAAGAGGCGCUGGGGACAGUCCCUAAGGGUGAAGUGCAGGAACCAGCCCCGGCUGAGGUGACAGUCGCCGAGGAUGCGGUGCCAGCCCCGGAAGAUGUGACAGUCCCCGAGGAUGCAGUGCCAGCCCCGGCUGAGGUGACAGUCCCUAAGGAUGCGGUGCCAGCCCCGACUGAGGUGACAGUCCCCGAGGAUGUCCCCGAGGAUGCGGUGCCAGCCCCGACUGAGGUGACAGUCCCUAAGGAUGUCCCCGAGGAUGCGGUGCCAGCCCUAGCUGAGGUGACAGUCCCCGAGGAUGCGGUGCCAGCCCCGGCUGAGGUGACAGUCCCUAAGGAUGCAGUGCCAGCCCUAGCUGAGGUGACAGUCCCUAAGGAUGUCCCCGAGGAUGCGGUGCCAGCCCUAGCUGAGGUGACAGUCCCCGAGGAUGCGGUGCCAGCCCCGGCUGAGGUGACAGUCCCUAAGGAUGUCCCCGAGGAUGCGGUGCCACCCCCGGCUGAGGUGACAGUCGCCGAUCGGAGCCUGAACGGGCAGCGGGACCGGGAGCCGCAGCAGGAGGACGGGACGGGCUCGCCGGGAGCCCUGGAGGAGGAGGAGGAGGAGGAGGAGGAGGAGAAGCAGGAACACGACAUCUCCCUCUUCGUCAAGGCUGGCAGCGAUGGGGAAAGUAUUGGGAACUGCCCAUUCUCUCAGCGCCUCUUUAUGAUCCUGUGGCUCAAAGGUGUCAUAUUUAAUGUCACAACCGUGGAUCUGAAAAGAAAACCUGCAGACCUGCAGAACCUGGCCCCGGGCACCAACCCCCCGUUCAUGACCUUUGAUGGGGAAGUGAAAACCGAUGUCAACAAGAUCGAGGAAUUCUUGGAGGAGAAGCUGGCGCCGCCCCGGUAUCCUAAACUUGCACCGAAGCACCCCGAGUCGAACUCUGCAGGAAAUGAUGUCUUUGCAAAAUUCUCUGCAUUUAUAAAGAACCCAAGAAAAGAUGCAAAUGAAAAUUUGGAAAAAUCUUUGCUUAAAGCCCUGAAGAAGCUGGACAACUAUUUAAAUAGCCCCCUGCCUGAUGAAAUCGAUGCUUACAGCACGGAGGAGAUCUCUGCUUCCAGCCGGAAAUUCCUGGAUGGAGAUGAGCUCACUUUAGCCGAUUGCAACCUCCUACCAAAGCUCCACAUAAUCAAGGUCGUUGCAAAAAAAUACCGAAAUUUUCAUUUCCCACCUGAAAUGACAGGGAUUUCAAGAUACUUGAAAAACGCAUAUGCAAGAGAUGAAUUUACAAACACGUGCCCUGCUGACCAGGAGAUUGAAUAUGCAUAUUUGGAUGUGGCAAAGAGAAUGAAGUAACCAGAAUAUGCCUCUGUUUAUUGCUUCUGUGAUGGGCAACAGCCAAGCUGGAAAAGCAAUGACCAGCAGAGAUUCUGCGGUGUGAUUUUAAGUUCUGCUAUUGGCCAAUCCUUUUAUAAUGAUUGUAUUGCAUUAUAUACUCCUUCUUAAAUGA